AUGAACGGUGGCGAUAUGUCAAGCGAUGCUGCACGGGCUGGAGACGGGUCAGGUGGCCGUGUCCCCGACUUCGAUGACAUGGCAGUCUUGUCUGAUUUGGCAGUUCCCUUCGUGGUGCAGUGGUCAGCGGAUGAAAGUCAUCGGUUGCAAUUGGAUGUAGCCCUUGCGGGCGUGGCUGCUAUUUGUUUUGCGGUCAGUUCGAAAAUACAGUGGGGCGCCUUGGCGAUUUUCUGUGCGAUCGCCUCUCGGGCAUUGAUACCAUGCGAGCAAGCACAGGUGGAGCUAUCGCCAUUGCACUGGCUGGUUGUGCGGCCAUAUUCGCCGUCUGUGGUUAGCUUCGUAGGAUCUUUGUCUGAUGAGAAGAAAUGUCUAUUGACUUUCCAACUGUCUGCUGGACUCAAUGUCCUCGCAGCAUGGAUUGCCGAUCCGUCGCCUGCGUUAACAAAUGAUCUCCGAGAUUUCUUUCGAGGACUUCGUGUGACUGCUGGAUCAGCAGCAGUCGCCGAUGUGAUUGAUUCCGCUCCGGAUUCACUGGCGCCGCCGUCAAAAAGAUCCUUGUUGCAGGCUGGUUGGGCAUAUCGUGUGAUCAAUUGA